CGGCGGCGCCGGGCGGCCGGCGCGGCGCAGGGGCUCGGCGAGGGCGGCGGCGGCCGCGGGUUCCUGGGCCCGCGUGUGCCGGCCGAGGUGGAGGCCAUGGCCAGGGGCGUGCAGGACGUGGGCAAGGAGACCUUCCGGCGGCUCCUCAAAGUCACUGUUAAUGCCUUGGAAGGAAAAGACUGCAAGGAAUCUGUCAGGCUGAUUGCAGAAAGUGCUAACCUCUCAGAAGAGCAACUUGCUUUCCUCAUUUCUGGCAUGUACACCCUCCUCCGAGAAGCAUUGAGACUCCCCUUAUCAACUUUCAAGCAAGAAGUUUUUAAAGAAGACCUGAAGGAGCUCAGAAUACCAGAAGAUUUCAUUGUGGACUUUUCCAGUGUAGUCUUUGGUAACAGGAUUCUUGCAGUUCCCAUUGUGGUCUUGUCCAAUCUGGGAUAGUCCUGACAGAAGCUUAAACUGAGCUGUAGAAGCUGUGACUCUUCCUAGGAGAAUGGUACAGAAGUGCAGUCCUGACCAGAAAUAAAGCUUUGUGUUGGACCACAGAAAUGCCAUCUCUCAACAGUAUUCAGAAGCUUCCCCUCUGUUUGGGAGGUCACCAUUUCUGAUCUUUCCCACCACAGCUAAGUAGAAUAUCUAUCUGUUUUUAAAACUCCUUUCUUCCCCCAGGGUGCUGGUGCUGCACGAAUGGACUGACUUCCAUCAAUGGGAGUUAGCAUGUCUUAAGGAAACUGUAGCACUGUGGCUAUUUUUAGGGAGUCUCCAACUUAAGCAAUACUCUGGCAGCAGCUCUCCACUGAGGGAAAGGCCUGUUCUUACUGUUUAAUCCUGCUAAUGACUGUUCUAGACUCCAGCUCCUCAUGGCUGCACCCAGCUGUGGUGACCUACUUCCUAUCCAGGAGCUGACAAUGAGUAACAACCAGCUGAUCUACUUUUUUUGCUCAUUUCUUUACUGUGCCAUUAGGAAUGUCUCUCACUUCUGACACCACUCAACCUCCCCUCACCAAAGAGAUAAAUUCUUUCUUAUAUCACCUUUGCAAAAUGCAGGACACUUGGAGGAUCUCAGCCUGUGUGUCCUGUGUACCUUAUCAGAUCAUUAAUCUUUCUGGGCAGUUUCUAAAGGCCCAGCUAACUUGCACACAAGAGUCUCAGUAGUGAUGUGAGCCUGCCAUUCCUACAGUGCUUGAUUUGUUCAGAGAGGAUUCCUUUCUGCUGCAAAGUCUGUAAUUAGAUUAUGUCUAGCACCAUGGAUAAAGGAAGUAAUGUUUCUUAUCCUGCCCUUAGUGGAAGUAGCCUUGAAAUGUACCAUAAAUAAAUUCCAGGGACACAGGAUGCUUAGAGAAAAAAAAAAAGAGUAACACAAAGUCCAGAAGUCCACCUGCUGAAUAGACCUCAGCACAGUGACCUCAUUCUGAAAUUAUUUCUGCAUGUAUAUCUAAGAGUGAAUGGUUAUUAUGUAUUUGUAUCAGAUUUGCCAUUUAGUUAUCCAGAACUUAGCAUGUUGUUAAAAUUUUGAAAAUUGUCAACCACCUGAAGUUUAAUUGCUGUUAACUGUAUUUCCACACAGAAAUAAACUAGGACUUGAUCAGCCUGAUUCUUCCUGCAGUAUGAGUAACAAAUGAAAUGCUUGGCUUCUUACACAUUAGCCUAGGCAAAAAUAUUGAAGGCUGAGCUGGGGUUGGCAGUAAACAUUAUAUAAGGAACUUAAAGUUUGUAAGUUUCAUUGCACCAACAAGAACCACUGUGGGUUUUUUUAAGUAUGCUUCAAAAUACACUCAAUACACUGACAUUACAUUUUAAAACAUUGCUGCUAGUCAAUAGUGGAUGGCUUUUGCUGAAGAAAAGCAGUGACCUUAUGCAACUGUUUUGCCUAAGUCAUCUGUCUUGUCUCUGCUUGCUUGUUCCUGUUGGAUUUGCAUGAAGAUAAGGACAUGUUUGCAGGUCCCUUUCUAUGCCUCACAGUUGCAUAUCAUUGAAAUAAUAGCUAUGCCAGUCACCACAAUGACCCUUACUAAACUUCAUAGUGACAUCAGUUUACUAGAAUUAUACAGUCACUUGGUCUCUUUUUUCAACAUGGACCAUAGUUAAGCAUAGAAAAAGGAGAUAAUCUGAGCACAACUGUCUUAAAUCCACAAAAUUCUCCUUAUUCAGACCUUUUUAAGUGAGGGCAGAUGUAGGAGAGAAACAAAUUCCAGACAGGUUUGUACUGAGGAAUCCUAUUUUCUCUUUAGAUUGUUUCUUCUUUUAUGAAUUUCCCUUGCAGUCUCUUGUUUCUGAUU